GCCGCCGGGCUGCUGCUCUGCCGCCUCGCGCGGAGGAAGAAGCCCACGCACGUCACGGUGAACUGCUGGUUCUGCAACCAGGACACGGUGGUGCCAUAUGGGAAUCGCAACUGCUGGGAUUGCCCCAACUGUGAGCAGUACAACGGCUUCCAAGAGAAUGGAGACUACAACAAGCCCAUCCCUGCUCAGUACAUGGAGCAUCUUAACCAUGUUGUGUCGGGUGCUACAACUUUCUGUGAUCCUACCAAACCCCAGCAGUGGGUGAGCAGCCAAAUUUUGCUUUGCAAGAAAUGCAACAACCAUCAAACCACAAAGAUCAAGCAGCUGGCAUCAUUCUCACCAAGGGAAGAGGGCAAAUACGAUGAGGAGAUUGAGGUGUAUAAGCACCAUUUGGAGCAGACCUACAAGCUGUGCCGUCCGUGCCAGGCUGCUGUGGAGUAUUACAUAAAACACCAGAAUCGGCAGCUCCGGGCGCUGCUGCUCAGCCACCACUUCAAACGUCGCGAGACUGACAAGGCCUAUGCUCAGAACUUGUGUUCAUCCUCUUCCACUUCCAUAACCAUCCCAGCUCAGGUGAUAUUUUUGCGGUUCUUGGCCUUCCUCAGCUGUGUGAUCCUGGUCCUGAUGGCCUGGUAUGGGUCAAGCAAUCCCUUCUCGCUCAAUGCUGCAGUCCCUUCUCCCACUUCCUCUGCUCCGGCAUCUGUUUGGAACAGGACUGGCACGAGCUUCCAAGCAGACUCGGGAAAUGACACUUCCCUGAAAGUGGCAGGAUGGCAAGAGCUGCUCCGCCUGCUCCCGGAGCAGAUGGUGCAGAACCUGAGCGUCGCGUGGACGUACGGCAAGAACCAUCAGUUGGCAGUUGCUGUCCUUGGGCUCUUCACCUGUCUGUUGGCUAUGGUCUUGGCUGGGCGGAUCAGGCUCCGAAGAAUUGAUGCAUUUGCUUCAGUCUUGUGGUUCAUAGUGAUGGGUCUGCAUUUAGCUGAGAAGUACCUGAAGACAGACACACCCAACUGGCUGGACACGGCCAAGUUUGGCACCACGUCCCUGUGCUGCUUGGUGGGCUUCACCGCGGCAGUGGCAACGCGGAAGUCAACGGGCCAACGGAGAUACCGGCCCCGAAGGUACCUUUCUGGGGACUCGGUUACGCUGUUUCCCAACGGCACCGCGACCAGCUUCCCUCCUGCUGCUCCAUCUCUCUUUAUCCCAACACCUCCGAGUAUCCUGCACUUGACCAACCAGCAGCUCUUCAGAUCCCCGCGCAGGACGUCUUCCUCCUCCCUUCCUGGGCGUCUGAACAGGGCACUCUCCCUGGGCACCAUCCCCUCCUUGGCCAGGGCAGAUUCUGGCUACCUGUUCAGUGGAAGCCGCCCGGCCUCGCAGUCAUCUCAGUCCAAGGAAUCCCCUACAUCGGAGCACUUCUCCCUGCUGUCGGGCAGCUGCGCGCCCUCCCGCAUCCCGUCCCCGGCACCGUCCGUGGCUGGUUCCGUCACCUCCAGCUCGGGCUCCUUGCGCUACCGCCGGCCGCUCAUCAGCCCUGCCCGCCUGAACCUCAAAGGGCAGAAGCUGCUGCUUUUCCCAUCCCAGAACGAAGCUCUGCUCACUCCAAGCAGCUCUGAGGAGCACACGCACUCGGACAGCAACGUCUGCGGCGCUGAGCUGUCCUCCUUUCCGAGGAGGAACCUCAGCGAGCGAGGAAUGCACGAUAUGAGAUCUGCCGUAGAAGGAGGGAGCAUUUGCAGUGAUAAUUCUAUCAAAAAGGAGGAUCAUUCAUCACACUCAUCUACCUGUGUGGUGGAUACAACUACCAAAGCGGAAGAUUUGGCAGGCUGGAGAGGUCAUUUGGGUAACUCCGCUCUCCGAGGGCUGCUCGCCGUGAGUCUCACUCUCAAUGCUAUCUUCACAUCAGCCUAUGUCUACCGGAACCUUCGCUGAUUUGUGCCAACACUCCCUGUCUUCUCGGUCCCACCUUCCGAGAAGACUCUGAAGAAAAUUCAGCUACAGCUUCAUGUCUAAUGGCUGUGCCACUGGUGCAUGCUGUUUUGUUUUGUUUUGUUUUCAACUACUGUAUGCUCAACUGUCGCAACAAAGAACCCAGGUAGCUGCUACCAUCCCUUCCAGGUAGAACAUAUCACAGGAUCGCCCCUGGAGAUGGUAGGCAGAACUCCCAGAGAGCUCCAGAUCAAAGCAAGGGGCCAGUCGAAUGGUCCAUGCACUUUCUUUCAAGGGAACUGACCUGACACAUGCACCUGAAAAGGUGUAAGCUGCAUUUUUAGGAACUGCCCCCCAGCUCUUCUUGCUGACAUUUUAACCUCAUGCUGAUGGUGCUGAUAAAAUGAGGAGAAUUAUAACAAACGAGCUGGAGAAGAGGGAUGGCUUAGUUGUUGGUGCUGGGCUUUGGCUGGUGUUAACAGCUUUCCCAGCCUCUUAGCCCAAAGGCUCCUCUCCUCUCUUCCCCUUCACACUUUCCUCUUAAUUAUCAGUGAACUUUUCUUUGGUUGCCUUAAGCUUGCCUGAGCAUGUGGAUGACCUUGGCUGCUCUGUGAUACUCUUGCCUCUUGCAUGUCCUUGUGCUUCCACCCGGGCUGUGCCCUAAGGCUACUCUUGCCAGCUGCUGUUUUGGUCUUGCUGGUUAUCAGCAACUGCUCUCUGUGCAUACAUCCGACCAGAAC